AUGAAACUUAAGAAACUUGGUGCUGCAGCGAGAGUUAUAAAUGCAAUGUUCGGUCAAUGGGAGAUAUCUGAAAGUGCAGUAACAGCGAUGGGAUGGAACAUAAGCGGAGAAUUAUGCAGCGGCACUGCCGUUGACACUACCACGGACUUCGAUUCCCAGGGUUACAAUCCUGCCAUCAAAUGCGACUGUAAUAUCCCCAAUUCUACUACUUGCCACAUCACCCGACUAAAAGUUAAUGCAAUGGAUGCUGUGGGCCCAAUCCCAGAAGGACUCUGGACUUUGACCUACCUUACCAAUCUUAAUUUAGCCCAGAAUUACUUGACAGGUCCCUUGUCACCUUCCAUUGGCAGCUUAACUCGUAUGCAGUACAUGAGUAUCAGCAUAAAUGCGUUAUCAGGGCAGGUUCCACCAGAGCUAGGACAGCUUACUGACCUUAGAUCACUGGCAUUUGGCACAAACAAUUUCAGUGGUUCCCUGCCAUCUGAACUUGGAAAUCUGAGAAGAUUACAACAGCUUUACAUUGAUAGUGAGUUGGUGGUGAUAUACCUCCUACUUUUGCUAAUUUACAGAACCUGCAGACAGUGCAGAAUACCCGACUUUAUAGGGAAUUGGUCACAGUUACAAUCAUUGAGGUUUGAGGGGAACUCUUUUGAAGGUUCAAUACCACCUUCAUUUUCUAAUCUGGCCCUUUUACAGGACCUUAGGAUAAGUGGUUUAUCUAAUGGAACUCUGGAUUUUAUUCAGAACUUGAAGUCUCUGAGUGUUCUAAAGUUGAGGAAUAACAGAAUUUCUGGCUCUCUUCCAGGUGGCAUAGUAGAAUUUGUAAACCUGACACAACUGGAUUUGAGUUUCAACAAUUUGAGGGGGGAGAUUCCAAAUGGAUUGUUCUACUUGAGGCAAAUGUAUUUCUUGUUUCUUGGAAACAAUAAUUUAUCUGGUACUAUUCCCGGUGGUUUGGCUUUGAACUCGCCUCUCCGCAUUAUUGAUCUGUCAUACAAUAAACUAUCUGGGACACUUCCUUUCUGGGCCACUGAUCCGACCUUACAAGUUAACAUAGUCGCAAACAACUUCACUUUAAGCAGUUCAGCAAACAGUGCUUUGCCCUCAGAAUUGAAUUGUCUCCAAAGGGAUUUUCCUUGUGAUCGUGGAUCACCAAGAUAUAGUACCUUUGGAAUCAAUUGUGGUGGCCCACGAAUCACAUCCUCAAGUCAAAUAGUCCACGAGCAAGACAACCAACUUUUAGGACCAGCAGCGUACUACUCGACUCCCAAGAGGAGGUGGGGUGUCAGCAAUUUGGGACAAAGUGACAGCCCCAGAUAUACAGUCUCCACUACACGCGACUUCACAAACACUUCAGAUUCACAACUUUUCCAAACAGCAAGACUCUCUGCUGGAUCUUUAAGGUAUUAUGGUUUAGGCCUUGAAAAUGGUAACUACACUGUAAACCUCCGCUUUGCAGAACUUGCAAUAGAAGAUGGUUCCACUUGGAGAAGCCUUGGAAGGCGCGUAUUUGACAUUUAUGUCCAGGGAAAUCGGGUGUUUGAAGAUUUUGAUAUAAAGAGGGAAGCCGGGGGAGCUUCAUUUAGUCCUGUUUCGAAGGAAGUAAUGGUUCAGGUUUCAAAUAAUUACAUUGAGAUACAUUUAUUUUGGUCUGGAAAGGGGACUUGUUGUGUGCCUGAUGAUGGAACUUUUGGACCUCUUAUCUCAGCAAUCACUGCCACCCCAAACUUCAUCCCUAGCAUGAACAACAAUCCACCUUCCAACAACAACAAGAACAACACCGGUUUGAUUGUAGGGAUUUUGGUUCCAAUUGCAGCUACGAGCUUUUUGACAUUAUUAGCCCUGUAUAUUUUUCUUCAGCGAAGGAAAAGGCAGGAUACCUCUGACAAUUAUGAAGAUUUUCUGGGAAUUGACGCCAAGCCAUAUACUUUUGGUUAUGAAGAAUUGAGAGAUGCAACAGAUGAUUUUAGUCCUACAAAUAAGCUUGGGGAGGGUGGUUUUGGACCUGUUUACAAGGGAACACUUGAAGAUGGAAGAGUUAUAGCUGUCAAACAACUAUCCAUAGCCUCCCAACACGGUAGGAGUCAAUUUGUGGCAGAAAUUGCUACAAUAUCUGCAGUCCAACACCGUAACCUUGUAAAACUCUACGGAUGCUGCAUUGAUGGAGAGAAACGACUUCUUGUAUAUGAGUAUCUUGAAAACAAAAGUCUUGACCAAGCAUUAUUUGGAAGCAACAGAUUAUCGCUUAAAUGGUCCACCCGUUUCGACAUAUGCAUGGGAUUAGCACGGGGUCUCGCAUAUCUCCAUGAGGAAUCUCGCUUACGGAUUAUACAUAGAGAUGUGAAAUCUAGCAAUGUUUUGCUAGAUUCUGAUUUGAAUCCUAAGAUAUCGGAUUUUGGUCUGGCCAAACUUUAUGAUGACAAGAAAACACACUUGAAUACUCGUGUUGCAGGGACAUUUGGGUAUCUUGCACCAGAGUAUGCAAUGUGGGGACACCUUACGGAGAAGGCUGAUGUGUUUGGGUUUGGAGUUGUGGCUCUAGAGAUUAUCAGUGGAAGGCCCAAUUCUGAUUCAAGUUUGGAAGAUGAGAAAAUAUACCUUCUUAAUUGGGCAUGGAAGCUACAUGAAGAUAAUCGUGAAUUAGAGUUGGUGGAUGAAGAAUUGUCUGAAUUCGAUGAGACCGAAGUGAAAAGAAUGACAAGAGUUGGCCUUUUAUGCACUCAAACAUCGUCAACACAACGUCCAUCAAUGUCUCGUGUGGUGGCAAUGCUUUCCGGAGACAUAGAAGUAAGUGGUGUCAUUACUCGACCCGAGUACUUGACUUUUUUCGAGUUUGACGACUCUACAACAUUUAAGAGUGCUAGUACAACUUCAAUAAUUUCACCACAUGAUUCUUCCCUACCUAUGCUUCACCAUAUCAUGGGAGAAGGUAUGUGA